AUGACAAGUCCGAAUCAUCUGGAAAUUGGUGGUCAACGAGUAACAACAUAUUUUACCUAUCUUCAAGCCAAUUGUUCCAUGGGUGAAACUGAAUUUGUUGCGAUUCGAUUUAAUAGAACAUUCCAUGAACGAUUUUGUGAUAUUUUAGUUUGUGAUGAAAACGUCACCGAACAUGGCCUUCGAUUUCGGCCAAUACCCGGAAAUACAAUCUUUUGGUAUAAUACGGAUGAGUAUGGGCAAGUUGAUGAUUUGACAUUUCAUGCAGGUCGUCCACCUGGUGAAAAUGGUACCAAAAUUGGAUUGAAUGUUUGGACACGUGUAGAUAAAUUACGCUCGUCAACUAUAAAGUGA